UCACAACAAGAAGUGAAACCCUAGGGAGGAAUAAAUAAAUAUAGAUUAUGUAAAGUCGAGGGGUGGGACAACUUCCACAAAAUUAUACUGUACCAAGAAAACAAAGUUAAUUAAGAAAAAAUAAUACAAUUUGACGAUUUUGGGAAGAAUAUUCCAUCAGCAUAUUAUCUAAAAGAAUCCCUCAAGUCCAAUUUUAAUCCCUUUUUGUUGCUGGAUUUUUUUUAAACAAAAAUCUAGAGAGAAAACACUCGGAAUUUUCGUCCUGAGAAAUGUUCACUGCCUUUGUCUGUUCAAUUUUUCAACAAAUUCCUUUGUUCAAAAUUUUUAAAACCCAAUUAUUUACUUUCCACGUCGAUAAAAGAUUGGAAGAUGCUGUGGGGUACCAUGUGGGACUAGGACGAACAAAUUCUAGCCCAUAAACAAUUAUUUUCAUUAAAAUAACUGCCAGAAGUCUGAAGUUGUCCAAACCACAUUCAUUUGUUUUAGAAAUUCGCAGGUGACUUCAGACUAUUCACCCAAGGGGUGGGUAACAUAUAGAAGCAGGUGUGCAGGUGCAGCUGCUCCUGGCACAGCCCUUCCCCAUUCUCCUGUUACCAUAGGAUCUCUGACAAUUACAUUGACAGUGUCAACAUCAGUGAUGCAUCAUCUCGAAUCAAAACACAUCGCAGAAUAUCUGCCAGAGUGGGUGGAAUUAUUUCCAAGUGCAAACGUUGUGAUGGUUCAGACAGCUGGUGAAUAGGAAUUUCAUGCACCAGUUGGUGGUCUUAAUGAGAUAUUAAUUACGAGGGUUACGUUGAUCCCUUCAGUCAGGUCAUUACGAGACAGUCUUUGAUGACUUUGAGGUACACCAAUUAUGUGAAUUUGGACUGGAACUCAGGUUCUCAGGCUCAUGUGCAUCAUAACCUUGAAGAAAGGCCUCAAAUAAUUAUGAACAUUAGAUAAUUCAUUAAAAUUCCUCCCUCUAGAAGAGACGAAUCAAAAAAAUAUGUCAAUCAUCAUUUGGGGGUUCGUUCGAGGUCAUUUGUAGCAUAGUCGUCCCCAAGAGCAUUUAAUUGUCAUAAUUAGAUACUAAUGAGUCUCCUGGCGAUACCUCAAUCAGAAGAAUAUAUUUUCUAACAAUUAAUAAUCAUUUAUGGAGUGCAUUUGAGGUUAUGUGCAGCAUAGUCAUCCUCAAGAGCAAUAAGAUUUCCACAAUUGAAUGCUAAUGAGGGCCUUCUGGGGCUGCCUCCAUCAGAAGAACAUAAUUGCGAAAUAAUAAUUACUUCUCUGAGUAAAUAAAUGUUUUACUAAACUCUAUGUAUUUUUUCUCUCAGUGCACAGACUCAUCGUGGACCAGGAGAUGAUUAAAUACUAAGAUGGCAUUUUCGAUGAGGGCUGGCACUCACUGGUGUCACGAUUUUCCAAAGCUCGCACGUGAGUCUGGAUUCUAUUUCAACGUUCAUAGAGCUCCAGUGAGGAUCGAUUGGAAUCGUAUAAGUACAAUAGAUAUUGAUCGCGUUAUGAGAGACCGAGACUUCCUAACGAUCGACGAGAACGUCAACAGCGUUGUGGAUUACUCCCUGGAGACGGCCUACGACAUCAAAAUUCUCGAUCCAAAUUUCGUAAAAAUAUUUCGACUCGCUCAGCUAUCGGUGGAGUAUCUGCUGUACUGCAGGCAAUACUUGGAUCAGAGUGUUAUCAUCUUGAAAGAUGAUUUGAAGCAGAGACUGGAGGAGACCCACAAACUCAGGCGAGAAUUGUCGUCCGCUGAAGAGCAGAUAAAGGAGUUUAAGGACAAAUCCAGAGAUAAAUACAAAUGGCUGGAGAAAAAAUUCAGCGAUUCGAGUGGUGAAAUUCACAAGUGCCCCCACUGUCCCAAGACCUUCAUCUCCUCCGUCUUCAUGACCUCCCACAUGACUCGUCGUCACUCGAUUCAGUCCCUCGCAGCAUCCCCAGGGCACGAGGAGUAUCGUGCCGAGGCCGAGAAGCUCCACAACGAGAUAAAAACCCUGAAAGAACGUCUGAACGAAACCGAGAGAAUAAUCCGCAGCGAGCCAGGAAAACUCCAGGACUCCAUCUCCCCGAGAGCCCUCCACUCCCGAAAAAUCGAGUCCAACGAUCGGCAGAGAAUCGAAGAAGAGUACGAAAAAUAUCGCGAGGAGAUGAGCAACCUCCGGAGUAUUUUAUUCGGUGAAAUACGAAGUGUCGACGCAACCGGGAGAAAAAUUGUUGACCAACACGACGAGAGGAAUGAACUCGUGAAGCAACAGGGGGAGGAGAUCCAGAGGCUUCGAGAUCAGUUGAAAAAUCAAGCCCUUGAGAUAUCAGAGUCUCAGGUGAAGCUGAACCACCAGGAGAAUCAGUACUGGCAGUCGAAAAUUCAGGAGAUCGAGAGACAACAUCAGGUGGACAUCGAGAGAUUGAAUCAGCAGCUGAUCAUCAAUCAGCAGACGACUGAGAGAAUGAAGUUAGAUUAUACGAGUAAAAUCGUUCAACUGGAGGAAAAAUCGAGGAACUACGUGGACACUGUUGUCCAGAGGGAGUCGACGAAGGAGUUCGAUCCUUCAGACACUGAGAGGACAGACGUCAAGUUGGAGAACGAGAGGAGACGAGGGGAAAUCGUUGGAUCGAGGAAAAAAAACGAACCUCCAACGUCUUCAAUAAUUUCGUCAGAAAAGAGAUCAAGUCUGAUGUACCAAGCGCGCAGGAUCGAAAUACAAGAAGUCAAUUUUCAGGAGAAGAAAACCCCGAAAUCACUGGAGGAAAGUCCCAAUCGGCAUCGAAGUCCCCAAAAAUCCCCAGAUCGUUCAGAAAAUCAAAACCGAACCUUCGAUGGAGAUCGAUUGGAUCAGGAGCUUCUGGAGGACGUGGAUGCAGACUCCGAGACGAUUUCAGAGUCUCAAACAUCUGAGACUGAGUCAGAUGAAGAUGUGUCCGAUGGGGCCAGUCCCAUUGCCCCACGAGAAACUGAAAGAAGUCAUGAAGAAACGAAAAUUGUCAUUCAACAGGACUUCGAUCAUCGACUGAGGGAUCUUGGUGUCGAUCCAGAGUGGACGGGGAUUCCCCGUCCGACUUACCGACAGCUGCUCACCACCAUGGGGCACCACCGUGCACUGGGCGCCAAGAAACAUCGAAAUUUCAAACAGACGAGGGAACAGAUCUCAGAGAAAUUGUUGAUCGCGAUCGCUAGAACUCAACGGAUUCCUUCUAGAGCAUCUCCAAGUCCCAUUACGAAGUCUCCCUUGAAUAGACUGAUGAGUAACGUCACGAGCCGGGCGAUUGUGAGCCUCAAGGCCCUGAAGAAGGACAACAGGCCCAAAUUGUCGAGAGAGAGAGCGAAUUUCGUGAAAUCGCAGUCUGAAUUGUUGCCUAAUAAAAUUGAUGAGAUAUCGAUCAGGGAAAGGGAAGAUAUCGAUACGAGGAAAGGAGAUAUCGAUAUUAGAAAGGGAAAUAUCGACACAAAAAGGGAAAAUUUUUCUGUCUUUUCCCCCACGAAAUUCGUCGAGCCUCGAUACGUCUCCAGCCCUCGAGGACCCAUCGAGCCCUUAAAACAGUUGUUUCACUCCUACGAAAGCAUAAAAGAUUAUAAUAAAGAUUCGUUCGGUCGAUUUUCCACAGAGACGACUAAUCGAAUUCUAGGAUUGAGUGAAGUCGAUCAAGAUUCACCGCACGUUUCCGUUUUGCAGGGAAAAUUGGAUCAGAUCGCGAGUCUACCGGGCUCCCCGAAGAGCAAGAGCCUCCUGAAACCGAUGACAGGGUCAGUGGGGAGUCUAGUCAAGAAAAAAGUCUUGUUUGACCUGGACAACACCGAGGAGAGUGAGAUGAAUUACUCGAAGAGCUCCCAAGUGUCGUCCACCUUCGAGAACAGCGACGAGGGGACGUCCAGUGCUUCCGAGGAAGCAGUGGAGAGCCCUCAGGAUGCGAAACAACAGCAGAAAGACUGGAGGAUCGAGGUGAUGACGAGGCAACGACCUGUGGGGGGCGUCAAACUCUUCGAUAAUGAGAUGUAUGAGGAGAUAAUGGCGAAAGCGAGGCAGAAAGUCAAUAUUCCCCCACAACCGGCCCCUAGGACCUCGACCUUGGGUGGUUCUACCCUCGGGAAAGACGUUCUCCCUGGGAGAGAGUCGAAUCUGCAGUCGGAUAUCGAGGAGUUACUUCGUAUGGAUUAAGUCGAUGUGGAAUUCGAUAUGAGGUUUCGAGAUUUUUUGAGAGAUUUUCUCGAUUUUCGGAAUCGAACGAACAUUCGACAAAACAAUCGAUAUCUGGGGAAUACAAUAAUCUGUCUUAUUUUUGUUAAUAGAUUUUUUUUUUCAUCGCAAUUUUCAGUUUUUUUUUUCAUCGCAAUUUUCAGUUUUUUUUUUCAAUUUUUUAUCUGCCAAUCCCUGUCCAUGAAAAAUACAGAUGUGAAAGUUCAAACAAUAGGACGAAUGAUGUUUUUAAUAGGAAAUAAUUUAAUGAGAAGUGAAUUAAGAUAGAGGAGACUUUAAUAGGAUAGAAUAGACUUUAGUAAAAUUGUAAUCCAAUUUCUCAGGAGCAUCACUCGAUUUUUCUACUGAAUUUCUUGACACGCUGUCAACAUGUACCUGACAUUACCAAAGACAAAUAACUAUUUAGUAUUCUUUCCUGAACAAUAGUAGAUUUAUCAGUGACCCUGUCCCGGGUAAUUACUCCCGUAAUUACUAAAUAUUCUGUAAGUUUUUUACGUAUUCGAGAAUUUUGUAAUUUGUGACGUGAAUAAUAGAUGAAAGAUAAUUGUUUAUGUACAUUUCGAUUUUUUCAUUUCGUAAUUGAUAAGUCUGAUUAAUACUUUAGUGUUAAAUAUGCAGAUGUUAUUUUGAGGUUCCUGCAUUGACAUUAAUUAACGAUCAAUAAUCUUUUUAACAAUUCUUUUUUUUUAAUCGCUCUUCUGAUCGUUUCUAUAUAUUUUUAAUUAGUUGAUUGAACAUUAUAACAAUUAUCUUGAUUUAUAACGAAAUUGUAGAACAGUUUUAGUGUAAAACAUUGUUGGUUUCGUCUUCACUAUUUUUUUAAAUGUUAAUUUGGAACGUAAACUGCCUGAAGUUAUUGUAAAUAAUUUAUCCUUCUGUUAAUAUCUAUUUUAUAAUAUUUUAUAACAAAGGAUUUGUGAAUUUCGAUAUAAUAUCUCAAGUAGAAAGUGUAAUAAUAAUAAAAUAUAACGAUAAAAAUAAUGAUUAAUGAAUGAUGAAUUAAAUAUUAAUGAAGAGCUGACAAUAGUCUUCGUAAAUUCCUGAA